AUGGAGCGUGCGCCCUCUGCUGUCCGCACGCUCUCAGGGCCACCAGUCCCUGCGGAAUCCUUCGCCGCGUGGACCGCCGGCUGGGUGCUGGCGGCCGCGCUGCUGCUCCGCGCGCACCCGAGCGUCCUCUCGGAGCGCUGCACCGACGAGAAGAGCCGGCGCAUCCUGGCCGCGCUGUGUCAGGACUACCGCGGUGGCUGGCUCACGGGUGCGCUGUGCGAGGACCUGUGCGUGGCCGGGGAACUGCUGUACCAACGCUGCCUGUACUAUGAGCGUGGCAAGAAGGUGCUGCAGGCCCAGUGGAGAGGUCGAACUGUGGUCCUCAAAUCCAAGAGGGAGGCUUUCUCCAGCUUCCCACCCCUCAACCUGCUGGGGGAGGAAGCGGGGCCAGGUGCUCCGGGCAUCCCCGACGCUGAGCUGCUCCUGAUGGUGGCUGGCGAAGUGAGGAACACACUAGGUUUGGAGCUGCCCAACAACAGCAUAGUUCCUCUGUGGCCCGCCAGGCAGGGCCCUCGCUGGCGGCAACAGCUGGCCAGCGCGUGGUCGCUGCUCCAGCAAGAGGAAUACGUGUACUUUAGUCUGCUGCCAGAUCUGAGCCGCCACAUCCUACCGGUCCUGGGUUCCUGUGGCCACUUUUACGCAGUGGAGUACUUGGCUGCCGGUAGCCCUCACCACAGGGCUCUCUUCCCGCUGGGUGAAGCUGGCCAGGCACAGGCUAUUAGCCACAUCGCUCUCAGCUUCCUGGAUAUGGUGCGCCAUUUCGACAGUGACUUCUCCCACCGCCUCCACCUCUGUGAUGUCAAGCCCGAAAACUUUGCCAUCAAGAGGGACUUCACGGUGGUAGCUAUCGACGUAGACAUGGCAUUCUUUGAGCCUAAGAUGAGGGAAAUCCUCGAGCAAAACUGCACAGGAGAUGAAGACUGCAACUUCUUUGACUGUUUCUCCAAGUGUGACCUGAGAGUGAACAGGUGUGGAGGCCAGCGUGUGAACAGCAACCUGCAGGUCAUCUGUGAUAAAAUAUUUCCACGCUGGUUCUCCUCAACUCACAGGAGCCCUGCCGUCUCCCCACAGCUUCGGCUGCAGCUACAGCAGGCUGUUCAGGAAUGUGCUCACCAAGGGGGUCCCUCUGGGUACUCCAGGACUGCAUCCUCCGGCGUGUUCUGGAAGCUUCGGUGGCUCCUGCAGGCCACUCUGAGAGAGCUGCAGGAGGUGGAGAAGUAGCUGCUUUCUUGUCUUAGUCAUCAAGAGUGGACAGAAGAAGUGACCUUCAAGUGAUGGCCUCUAUUGUUGCCAUGCAAAUGCGUUGUCCGUGCCAUUGACAGGUUCUUCUGGAGAGUGCAACCAACUUUCCCUUCUGCCACUGUGGUGUGGACCACCCUUGCUCCUGCCCAGCUUGGUUCGACUUUAUUUGGUGCUGACUUCUGUCCUGUCCACUCCCUCAGAAGUGAGCCAAGGGAGAGGAUUUGGAGUAUUUGACCUGUGCAGUUGCAGUGUGCAAUUUUCUGACGAGUGCAACCAUACCUUGCCAUUGGAGACAAAAGGCAGCUGCUCCCUGCUCGCCAUUAGCAAGCUAAAGUGUGAGUGUGGGCAUACAGAUGAGUGUGUUUGCAAAUAAGUGUGUGUAUAUGUGCACCCAUGAGUGUGUGUGCGUGUUUGUAUAAGUGAAUGGGCACUGUGUAUAUAUGAUUAUGUUAAUGUGUGCAAACACAUGUGGGUUUGUGUGUACAUGAGUGGAUGGUGCACAUAGUCUCACAAAUGAUGUGUGUAAACACACGUGUACACACACAGGCAAUGCACACUCAUGCACACGCGCACACACACCUUACCGCUGUCUUCUCUUUCCUGACAUGUGGAGAUGAAGUCUGUGCCAAGCACAGAGGCUGACGGAGCUGGAGGUGAUUUUCGUUUGAAAACUGUAUCUCAGGUGGGUGUGGUGGUGUGCACCUGUGAUCUUCUUACUUAGGGAGACUGCAGAUUUAAGGCCAGCGUGAGCUACAUGAUGAGUGUGAAGCCAGUUCUGUACAGUGAGUUCGGGACUAGCUGACCUACAGAUUCAAACUAUGUCAUAACAAACACACAAAACCAAACCCCAACAGAACCAAGUUUCCUCUGGAGAUUCUCUGCUGACGAGGAAGUGGCGUGAAGAUGCCUUCAUUGUACCAAUGUGUCCGUCUCUUCAGUGGCUCUCACGUGCCUAGACUGCACUCAUUUCCCAUCGGGCUAUCUUUUCUCAGAGAGAAUAAUCACCAGUGAUGGCUGUCUGAGUUGUCAAUGCUGUCAACAUCCGGAAUUAACUAAAAUCCAAAUGGCCGGGUACACCUGUGAGAGAUUUUUCCUAAUUAGAUCAUUUGAAAUGAGAAACCCACCUUUAAUCUAGAUCCUCUGAGGUGGGAAGAUGCACAGUUAAUCUGGCCCUUGGUUUCUGUAGGAUGUCCCAUUUUGUCCAUGUGUGAGGGUCAGGAUGCCAGAGGGGGAGGGAAAGAACAGAGCGAUGGAAGGAAAGGAGAGAGGAAGAGAAGGUUUCCAUAUAUCCUUCAAGGGCAUGUGGUUCUACCUGUGGGCAUCUCCACCUCCUCCCAAUAGCACCAUCAGCUGAGAACCAAGCCUCCAGCGUAAGAGCUUUUGGGGAACAUUCCAGAUCUAAGACAUCACCUUUGAUGGCUUCUUUUUGAAAUGGUGUAAUAAAGGGCCGUCUGCCUCCUAGGCUGUGUCCUUGCCUUGCUUGUCUGGUUUUCAGUUUUGGGUAAGCGAACGCGUUCUGAACAAUUGUCCCACCCUUUGCACUUAAAGCCCACAUGGAAGAUAUUUUAUAGCUGGCACUGACCUGGGUCCAGCUCCUUGUGCUUUUCAGGGGUUGUGUCUUUUACUCUAACAAAUUGCUGAAGUUGAGCUUCACUGGAAAUGCUACAGAAGAGCUGGCCAGAUGGCUCAGCUGGUAAAGGUGCACGCUACCAUGUCUGCUUGCCCUCUUUGCUCCCUGGGACCAGGGAAAACUCAUUCCUCAGGUGGAAACCCAUCCAGACGGCAAACCACUGUGGAACAAGGUGAAGGUGGGAUUGAAGUAUUUCCCCUGAAAGCCUCUCAAUGCGAGUUUUGUUUUAUUUUUGUUUUGUUUGUUUGUUUGGUUGGUUUUCGCUGGGAACUGAACUC